UCUUCCAGGUGAACUAUGACCACUUUACUCUUGGUGUUUGUGACUCUGAGGGUCAUUACAGCAGCCAGCGCAAUAGAAGCUUCAGACCCUGACAACUCGCUGAGUGUCAGCAUCCCCGAACCGUCCCCCCUGCGGGUCCUCCUGGGGAGCUCCCUCACCAUCCCCUGCUACUUCAUCGACCCCAUGCGCCCCGUGACCACCGCCCCCUCCACCGCCCCCCUCUCCCCGAGAAUCAAGUGGAGCCGCAUUUCCAAGGAGAAGGAGGUAGUGUUGCUAGUGGCCACGGAAGGGCAGGUGCGGGUUGACGGUGCCUACCAAGACAAGGUCUCGCUGCCCAACUAUCCGGCCAUCCCCAGCGACGCCACCUUGGAAAUCCAGAACCUGCGUUCCAAUGACUCUGGGAUGUACCGCUGUGAGGUUAUGCACGGCAUUGAGGACAGCGAGGCUACCCUGGAGGUCGUGGUGAAAGGCAUCGUGUUCCAUUACAGAGCUAUCUCCACACGCUACACGCUGGACUUUGACAGGGCACAGCGGGCCUGCCUGCAGAACAGUGCCAUCAUCGCCACACCCGAACAGCUGCAGGCUGCCUACGAGGACGGCUUCCACCAGUGCGACGCCGGCUGGCUGGCCGACCAGACUGUCAGGUACCCCAUCCACACUCCGAGGGAAGGCUGUUAUGGGGACAAGGAUGAGUUUCCGGGCGUGAGGACAUAUGGCAUCCGAGACACCAAUGAGACCUAUGAUGUGUACUGCUUCGCUGAAGACAUGGAAGGCGAGGUCUUCUAUGCGACAUCUCCGGAGAAGUUCACCUUCCAGGAGGCAGCCAAUGAGUGUCGGCGGCUGGGUGCCCGGCUGGCCACCACGGGCCAGCUCUACCUUGCCUGGCAGAGCGGCAUGGACAUGUGCAGUGCUGGCUGGCUGGCCGACCGCAGUGUGCGCUACCCCAUCUCCAAAGCCCGGCCCAACUGCGGGGGCAACCUGCUGGGCGUGAGGACUGUCUACCUGCAUGCCAACCAGACGGGCUACCCUGACCCCUCAUCCCGCUACGACGCCAUCUGCUACGGGGGGGGGGGGGGGGGGGGGGGUGAAGACUUUGUGGACAUCCCAGAAAACUUCUUCGGGGUGGGUGGUGAGGAGGACAUCACCAUCCAGACAGUGACCUGGCCUGAUGUGGAGCUGCCUCUGCCCCGAAACGUCACCGAGGGUGAAGCCCGAGGCAACGUGAUCCUUACUGUGAAACCCAUCUUUGACGUCUCCCCCACUAUCCCGGAGCCCGAGGAGCCCUUCACGUUUGUCCCCGAAGUAGGGGCCACUGCCUUCCCUGAGGCUGAGAACAGGACUGGAGAGGCCACCAGGCCCUGGGGUGUCCCCGAGGAGUCCACGCCUGGCCUGGCCUUCACCGCCUUCACCAGCGAGGACCAUGUCGUGCAGGUGACCGCAGUCCCAGGCGCCACCGAGGUUCCCGGGCGGCCACGAUUGCCAGGAGGGGUUGUGUUCCACUACCGGCCAGGCUCUGCCCGCUACGCCCUGACGUUUGAGGAAGCUCAGCAGGCCUGCCUGCGCACCGGGGCAGUGAUCGCCUCCCCGGAGCAGCUCCAGGCCGCCUAUGAAGCAGGCUACGAGCAGUGUGAUGCUGGCUGGCUGCAAGACCAGACUGUCAGAUACCCCAUCGUGAGCCCACGAACCCCAUGUGUGGGUGAUAAAGACAGCAGCCCGGGAGUCAGGACCUACGGCGUCCGGCCACCGUCAGAAACCUAUGAUGUCUACUGCUACGUGGACAGGCUCGAGGGGGAGGUGUUCUUUGUCACACGCCCGGAGCAGUUCACCUUCGAGGAGGCCCUGGCAUUCUGUGAAUCCCACAACGCCACACUGGCCUCCACGGGCCAGCUCUACGCUGCCUGGAGCCAGGGCCUGGACAAGUGCUAUGCUGGAUGGCUGUCCGACGGCAGCCUCCGCUACCCCAUCGUCACCCCGAGGCCCUCCUGUGGCGGAGACAAGCCAGGCGUGAGAACCGUCUACCUUUACCCCAACCAGACAGGCCUCCCAGACCCACUGUCCCGGCAUCAUGCCUUCUGCUUCCGAGGUGUCUCAGCAGCGCCCUCUCCAGGAGAAGAAGAGGGUGGCACAGCCACGCCCUCUGUGGAGGAAUGGAUCGCUACCCAGGUGGUGCCUGGUGUGGCUGCUGUCCCCUCCGGAGAGGAGACCACGACAAGCCCAGAAUUCACCACUGAGCCAGAAAACCAGACGGAAUGGGAACUGGCCUACACCCCAGUAGGCACUUCCCCAUCACCAGGGAUCCCUCCAACGUGGCCUCCCACCAGUGCAGCAACAGAGGAGAGCACAGAAGGCCCUUCUGGAACGGAAGUGCCCUCAGCCUCGGAGGAGCCGUCCCCCUCGGAGGAGCCAGGCCCCUCGGAGGAGCCCUUCCCCUGGGAGGAGCCAUCCACACUUGCCCCCCCAGUGCCUAGUGGGACUGAGCUGCCAGGCUCUGGGGAGGCAUCCGGGGUACCCGAAGUCAGUGGUGACUUCACAGGCAGUGGAGAAGUUUCAGGACGUCUGGACUCCAGUGGACAGCCCUCAGGGGAAAUUUCAAGUGGACUGCCCUCUGGAGAUCUUGACUCCAGUGGUCUCACCUCUGCAGUGGGCUCAGGCCUGCCUGUGGAAAGUGGACUGGCCUCCGGGGAUGAAGAUAGAAUUACAGGGCCCAGCAUUCCUAAAGUUGAAGGUGAGGGCCUGGAGACCUCUGCCUCUGGAGUAGGGGACCUCAGCGGGCUGCCUUCUGCAGAAGGCCCAGAAGUCUCUGCCUCUGGAGUAGAGGUCCUCAGCGGGCUGCCUUCUGGAGAAGGUCCAGAAGUCUCUGCCUCUGGAGUAGGGGACCUCAGCGGGCUGCCUUCUGGAGAAGGUCCAGAAGUCUCUGCCUCUGGAGUAGAGGUCCUCAGCGGGCUGCCUUCUGGAGAAGGUCCAGAAGUCUCUGCCUCUGGGGUAGAGGUCCUCAGUGGGCUGCCUUCUGGAGAAGGUCCAGAAGUCUCUGCCUCUGGAGUAGAGGUCCUCAGCGGGCUGCCUUCUGGAGAAGGUCCAGAAGUCUCUGCCUCUG